AGCAAGGUCGAGCGGCAGCGGCGGGCAGUGCGCGCAGGGGCGCGCUGAGGGAAGGAGCGGGGGUGCCGCCGCUCCGGCCGCCACCAUAACAACAACAACCACCACCAUCAUCAUCAUCAUCACCGCCAGCGGUCGUGAUUUUUUAUUUUUAUUUUUUUUGGUUUGGAAAGGUGGUUGGGGGUUAGGUUACCGAGCUGGGAUGGCCGAUCCCUUACGCCGGACAUUGUUCGCCAAGCUGAGGGGGAAGAAGCCCAAGAAGACGGCGAGCGGCGGCGGCUCCAGGAGCCACGAAGGUAAAGCCAAGCUUCUUCACCAGCGGCGGCGGCGACAACAACAGCACCAACACCACCAGCAGCAGCACCAACACCAGCAGCUCCAAGCCGGGCCCGGGGGGGUUGGUUCGGGGGGCAGCAGCCGGGGUUCCCCGUUGCCAGGCGGAGGAGAGGAUGAGCGGCCAGGCGUGGGUGCGGGCCUGGCCGGCCGGGAGCUGCCGAGCCCCGGGUUGUCGCAGGUGGCUGCCCCGCCGUCCCCGGACGACGACGACGAUGGCGGCGACUACUACGACAACCAGCAGCCGCGGGGCUGCGAGGGGCAGCGGGCGGAGGUCGGGGCCGGGGCUGGGGUCGUGGUGGUGGCCGUCUCGGCCGCUUCCCCGGGCGGCGGCAGCGGGCAGCAGCAGCAGCAGCAGGAGGAGAGCGCCCGGGAGAAGGAGAGGCUGAGGAGCCGGCUGCAUGAAGCCUAUUACCUGCUGAUACACGCCAUGCACGACCUGCCCGUGGACAUCCCCCACCGGGACACCGGCCGCGCACCCUCGCCAGGCCGGGCCUCGACCACCGCUUGCCCACCGCCUCCCCGCCGGAGCGAACACGCCAGCCCCGGCCCGCCGGCUCCCCUCAGACCCCCUCUGCAGCGAUCAGUGAGUGACGGGGUCAUAGACUACGUCUCUCUGCUUGUGGCCGAGCCCAGGGGGUGCUGCCGGGGUGUGGAGGGGCUUUGCCCCCAGGGCCAGGCUGGCUGCUCCCUUAUCCACCACCAUGUCCCCGCAGCCGAGGCUUCAGAGUGCGCGGAGGAUCAUGUAGCUCAGCCCCCGGAAAGCGGCUCAAUGUUGGGCGACGCUAGCUGUAAAGUUGCUAAGUUGAGGUGUUCAGCUGACGGGGUCUGUGGCUCGUCUGACGAGCAGGACGGUAGGCAGGGGUGCUCCUUAAAACCACCUGCAGUGACGGUCAACAAAAUGCAAGAAUGGAUGCACAGAGGGCGCAUGCUGUCCAUGGAGAUGAAAGAGCGCAUUAGUGGGUCUGUAAAAGUCAGUGUGCCCUCUGCUUCAUUGCCAGCUCAGGCAAUCGGCAAAGCAGAAGAAGCGCAGAAGGCAAGUUUCCCUGUUGCUGUCAGAGUGCAAGGAAACAAAGCAGCAUCGUCCCCUACCAGCCAAAGGGUUUUGCUGACAGAUUUCAUUGAAAAUGUACACACCUCUUCAAAAAUCAGGAGAGAAUUGAAAGCCAGUGAAGCUAACAAGAUCAAUGACUACAGGCCACACAUAAACAACAUCACUGUGUCCAAGAAAAGAAACUGGUUACAGCAGAGCACUCUGAGCCCUUUUUUGAAUGAAGAGUCCAAUGCUCCUGUAUCAUUAGAGCUAACAAACCAUGUGACUGCUCCAAGCCCCUUGCAAGAAAGACAGCAGCCUACAAUUUUGCCUCCUGAGUCUGCCCAACCAAACGACCACAAAAUUGCUGCAAAGGUUACUAUGGAUCAUAGUGAAGAAAAUGAUGCCGAUGAUGAGGGGGAGAUAUGGUAUAAUCCUAUCCCGGAAGAUGAAGAUGUUGAUGUGCCACAAAUUCUGUCACCUCCUGCCAGUUGUGUGGCUAAAAUUGAAAACUCAGACAGCCUGCAGAUGAAACCGCCCUCAUUGCCUGUUGAUGAUUUAGUAGAAGGACAAGUGACUUUGGAAAUCUCUGAAAGCACGAGGGAAAUCCAGAAAGCACCAAUGACUGAUGUGAAUCGGGUGGAUUUAGUGAAUUCCAUAAAUGCCACAGAAUGUGUGCAGCUGCAGAGGCAGGUGCCUGAGUGCAAAUCUUGCAUUGGAACGAAUGUGGAUGAGAUCUGUGUACACAAAUCUCCAGCUUCAGUACAUACCGUGGAUCCUUCCAAUGGCUCUGUUUGUGCAGUGGCAGUGUUAGCGACAGCAGCAACAACAACAACAAAUGAAUUCUCACCACCUUCCAGCCCUAGCCCUUUGAAAAAGGGGACUGCAAUUACCUGGUCCUUUCCUGAAAAGAUAAAGUCUCCUCGAACUGUGAGGAAGCUUUCAAUGAAAAUGAAAAAGCUUCCUGAACUUAGCAGAAAAUUAAGCAUCAAAGGGACUUCAAGCCAUAACUGUAAUGACAAUAAUUCAUCAUCCAAAGGCACCUAUGGAUCCUCGUUAUCUUCUGGAAUUGUGACAAACGCUGCUAGUAGGAACGUCAUCAGUCGUUAUCACCUGGAUACCAGUGUUGUAUCGCAGAACUGCAAAAAGAAAAGUUCGGGAAGCUCCAAAUCUGCCAGCAAAGGUGGCUACCUCAGUGACGGUGAUUCACCAGAGCUCGUAGCUAAAGCGGGGAAGCACUCUUGUGAAAGUAAACCCACAAAAGGGAACAUUGCAUCAACUGCUCACAAAACACACAGCGCAGAAAUUGACAUUGAUGCUUUUAGGCAUUACAGCUUUGUGGAUCAGCCCAAAUGUUCUCAGUAUAUUUCAGGACUAAUGAGUGUACAUUUUUAUGGUGCUGAGGAUUUAAAGCCACCAAGGAUUGAUUCUCGAGAAGUAUUCUGUGCCAUACAAGUAGAUUCCGUCAACAAGGCCAGGACUGCCUUAUUGACGUGCAGAACCACGUUUUUGGAUAUGGACCACACAUUUAAUAUUGAGCUGGAGAAUGCACAACAUCUCAAGCUGGUGGUUUUCAGCUGGGAGCCGACGCCACGCCGGAACCGAGUUUGUUGCCAUGGUACUGUGGUGCUACCCACACUCUUCAGGGUAUCCAAGAUGCACCAACUGGCAGUAAAACUUGAACCUAGAGGCCUCAUCUAUGUCAAACUAACUCUGAUGGAACAGUGGGAAAACUCAUUGGACAGCCCGGAUGCAGAACGAGAGCCAACGGUCUUUGGCGUUGAGGCGCGGAAAAUAGUUGAAAAGGAAAACACAGGCUUGAGGGUGCCAUUGUUGAUGCAGAAAUGUAUCGUGGAAAUUGAAAAACGAGGUUGUCAGGUUGUGGGCCUGUAUCGGCUUUGUGGCUCUGCUGCUGUUAAGAAAGAGCUUAGAGAAGCUUUUGAGCGUGACAGCAAGGCUGUUGGCUUAUCCGAAAACCUGUAUCCGGAUAUCAAUGUCAUUACAGGUGUGCUGAAGGAUUACCUGAGGGAACUGCCAUCGUCGUUAAUAACUAAGCAGCUGUAUGAAGCGGUUUUGGAGACCAUGGUGAAGCAACCCCUCAGGAUUACGUCCUCUGGUUGUGAGAAUGACCUGAGUGACUGUGAAUACACGGCCAGCCUCUUGGACUGCCUGCCUGAAGUGGAGAGGGCAACACUGAAGAUGCUGCUGGAUCAUCUGAAACUUGUGGCUUCAUUCCAUGAGGUCAAUAAGAUGACGUGCCAAAACUUGGCCGUGUGCUUUGGGCCAGUACUUUUAAGCCAGAGGCAGGAGGCUUUCAACCAUAGCAACAGGGUCUUCAUAGACUCCGAGGAGUUGGCCAGUGCCUUGGACUUCAAGAAACACAUAGAGGUGUUGCAUUACCUGCUUCAACUGUGGCCAGUUCAAAACGUGGGUACCAAAGAGUGGGUGGAGAGCGGUGGAUGUGUGGAACCGACAAGGGCUGGGAACCUGGUGCGGAGACGGAAGCAGCGGCCCACAGUGUUGAACCUGAGCCACAGCGAGAGGUGUGGGGUGCUGCGGCCCAGACAGAUCCGGCUAGACAGCCCCAGUAACCGCUAUGCUGGCGACUGGAGCAGCUGCGGAGAGAGCUACCUCCCUCAGCACAAGGAGGACAGCGGGGAGGCAGACUACGAUGACGUCCCAUCAGAGGAUACGGGCAGCGAGGAGGACAACUCGCCAGCAGACAGGACCAAUCCCCGGCUAGAAGCCCCGGCACAGCCCCGAGCCAAAGAGCAGACCUACGCUGCCUACGUUAGGAUGCAGGAAAUCAGUCCGGCACUGAAGCAUCGCGUCAACCUGAAGGAUCUUCAGGAAAGCAUUGACACCCUCAUUGGAAAUUUGGAACGAGAACUCAGCAAAAAUAAACUAAAUGCCGCUUGCUAGAGACAUUGAGGAGCAAUACUGCAGAUCCAACGUUUAACUUACCUUUCCCCUUGACGGAAGUACUCUGGCAAGGGAAGCCGCUCGAGCUAUCCCCGCUCAGCUCAUUCCUCUUCGGCAUUCCAGGACAUUGACACGUGCCAGUUUUUUUUCUUCUUCUUAUUGGAAGAACUCCGGUGAAUUGACCCCAAGAGGUGCAUGGUGCCUUAAAGGUGUGUUCCGUGUACUGUAGAGCGAGCGCUGAGCUCGAGUAGCUACGUCAACUGAUGCACUUAUCAAUGGAACUUUCAACAAGGACUUUGUGAAGGAGACUAGCCAUAGCCACUCACCACACUCUCUCCUACCCACAACUAGCAACUUCAACUCUGAUCAUUGGACGUUUUUGAUGCUGCUGCCACCACACAGAGUAAUUCAGCGGGUGAGGCAGCAUCUACGGUCUCGACCCGAAACGUCGCCACUUCCUUCUCUCCAUAGAUGCUGCCUCACCCACUGAGUUACUCCAACAUUUUGUGUCUACCUUCGACUUACCAUCAUCUGCAGUUCUUUCUUAAACACCUUGUUACGCCGCAGCGAUAAUGACCAAUUAGAGAUUUGCGGGUCACUUUUCAUUUGCAAUGUAAUGACAAGGCUGCUACAAAGAGACACACAGCAAACGAAAACCCUGCUGACGUUUCAGGUGUUGAGAGAUAUUGUAAGCUGUUUUCUUCCUUUAUUAACACGUCUCGGUACCUGUAUUUAAAGGCAAAUCAAAGCAAAUGGUAUAUUUUUCUAACCCAUUAUAUUUUUGAUAAAGUGUGAUCACGCCAUUUAUAGUGACACGCCCACCAGAAGGCCAAAUACCGUUAGACAUACUGCCUGAGAAAUGUAGUAUAUCUAAAUAUAUAUAUAUAUGCACGAUAAAGUGAGCUGUGAGGAAGUGUUCUCGAUGUAACAUGGCCGAUUAUUUGCAAUUGUCAGGGUUAAUGACUUAUCGUAUUAACAAAGUAUCAAAUUAGGUGUUGUACGUUGGAAUGGGUCGCAUGUUGACGCAGGCAGGAAAUGCAAACGGAUAAUAGUUCGAGUCAGCCCUCGUUUUCAACAAAGCCUUUCAAGGGGCUGGUGUGUGGGGGUACAGAGUCGAUCGAGUACAUGUUAUAUUCUCUUGCAUCCACUUCUCUGCAUCUUUCUGUGUCUUGCCCUUUGUACUUGAGUUUGAACUGAUCAUGUCCCACGUACGGUAUAUCUGACCUGAUAAAACAAAGCUUUUCACUGUUCCUCGGUACACCUGACAGUAAUAAAACCUCAACUUAAUGAUAAACCUGAACAUGUUGGUGGUAAUGACAGCAGGAUAUAAAGAAUUAUGGUUUCAAUCGAUUCUCCCAACAUUGACAAUUAAAUGCAGAAGGUACAACCUUGUCAAAUGAUAUACCCACACACACAGGGUUUUCAUUGAGAGGCCUUUGUGUGUAAAUGUACUGUGUUGUGACUGACGCAACAGUGUCGGUCAGUAUUGGCCGGAUGGUCAGAUGUCCGGUGGGGCGAGUCCAGAACCAGGGGCCACAGUCUUAGAAAAAAAGGGGAGGCCAUUUAAGACUGAGGUGAGAAAAAACUUUUUCACCCAGAGAGUUGUGAAUUUAUGGAAUUCCCUGCCACAGAGGGCAGUGGAGGCCAAAUCACUGGAUGGAUUUAAGAGAGAGUUAGAUAGAGCUCUAGGGGCUAGUGGAAUCAAGGGAUAUGGGGAGAAGGCAGGUACGGAUUAUUGAUUGGGGGCGAUCAGCCAUGAUCACAAUGAAUGGCGGUGCUGGCUCGAAGGGCCGAAUGGCCUCCUCCUGCACCUAUUUUCUAUGUUUCUAUGUCAACAGUCAUAAGAGAUUCUGGGUUCCAAUCCCACUCCAGGCGUAUACAUUACUCUCCUGCCCUCCCCCUGGGGUGAACCAGCAGAUGCAACUGUACCAGUCAUUGGAGACCACACUGACUUGGAGUACUGUGUGCAGUCGUGGUUUCCCAGCUAUACAAGUUGUCCUUGUGGCUUGAAAUGGAGGUGCAGCUGAACAUUGGCACUAAUUCAAGCAAAGGUCCCCCGGAUCACAGCUUGCCCCUUCACCUGAUGUCUCGCCCACACUUUUCUUUAAAAUGUUCAUAUCUUUGUCUUUGGUUGAUAAAAAUCCUGGAGAAACUCAGCGGGUGAGGCAGCAUCUAUGGAGCAUCUGUCGAGAACCGAAACGCCACCUAUUUCCUUCGCUCCAUAGAUGCCGCCUCACCCGCUGAGUUUCACCAGCAUUUUUAUCUACCUUCGAUUUUUCCAGCAUCUGCAGUUCCUUCUUAAACAUAUCUGUGUCUUUGGUCAUUUUGGGACAUGGAGAGGUCAAAGUUCACCGAGUCCGAACCGACCAGUGAUCCCCGCACAUUAACACUAUCCUACAGACACUGGGGACAAUUGUUAUAAUUUAUACCAAGCAAUUAACCUACAAAUCUGUACGUUUUUGGAGGUUGGGAGGAAACCAAAGAUUUUGGAGAACGUGCAAACUCCGUACGGAAAGCACCCGUAGUGGGGAUCGAACCCAGGUUCCUGGCGCUGUAAGGCAUCAACUCUACUGCUGUACUGCCGUGUUUAGUUUCACUCCGUGAUUGUUGCUUUGGUUCUUUUAUAAAAGGGUUUUUGAAGGAGGAAUCUGGCCCAUUCCCUCGCUCCACAUCUGGCCCAUCCCCUCACUCCACAUCUGGCCCAUUCCCUCGCUCCACAUCUGGCCCAUCCCCUCGCUCCACAUCUGGCCCAUUCCCUCGCUCCACAUCUGGCCCAUUCCCUCACUCCACAUCUGGCCCAUUCCCUCGCUCCACAUCUGGCCCAUUCCAUUGCUCUCCAGACAAUUUUCUUGUGUAAUGUGGGCCUCUAUCAUUUCCACUUAAGCAACGCUGUGCGAAUCAGUCCCAUGUAUCCACAGUCCCUGUUCAUUUCCUCCAUUCAAUAGUUGCCUAUUUUCUUGCUCCCUGUCCUGGCGAAGGCUUCCAUUGCAUUGGUACGACUUUGAAACCUUUCCCAAGUUGUGUUCCAUCGUUCAUAUGUGAUGGGAGCAGAAUUAGCCCAUUCGGCCCAUCAAGUCUACUCUGCCAUUCAAUCAUGGUUGAUCUAUCUCUCCCUCUCAACCCCAUUUCUCCUGCCUUCUCCCCAUAACCCCUGACACCUGUUCUAAUCAUGUCUAUAGACACAAGAUGCUGGAGUAACUCAGCGGGACAGGCAGCAUCUCUGGAGAGAAAGAAUGUGUGACGUUUCAGCUCAAGUCCCUUCUUCAGACUGCUCGAGCCGAAAUCUAGAGAUGCUGCCUGUCCCACUGUGUCACUCCUACAUUUUUGUCCAUCUUCGAUAUUAACCAGUAGCUGCACUUCCUUCCUACACAGAAUCUGUCUCUCUCUGCCUUAAAAUACCCUUUGACUUGGCCUCCACAGCCUUCUGCGGCAAUGAAUUCCAAAGAUUUACCACCCUCUGACUAAAGAAAUUCCUCCUCAUCUCCUUCCUAAAGGAACAUCCUUAAAUACUGAGGCUGUGCCCUCUGGCCCUAGACUCUCCCACUAGUGGAAACAUCCUCUCCACAUUCACUCUAUCCAGGCCUUUCACUAUUCGGUAAGUUUCAAUGAGGUCCCCAGCGAUUGUCCAAGUCUCCUUAAAUAUAAAUUCUGCACCAAUCAUCCGUUAACACGUGCAACUUGAUAGGGGUGAUGAGCUGACCACAGCAUAGAAUGAUAGAGUGUGGAAACAGGCCCUUCGGCCUAACUUGCCCUCACCGGCCAACAUAUGCCAGCUACACUAGCCCCACCUGCCAGCACUUGGUCCAUUUUCCUCCAAACCUGUCCUGUCCAUGUACCUGUCUAAUUGCUUAUAGAGUAAUAAACUGAACUGAACUGAUCCCAUCUAGGCUAGUCCCAUUUGGCCUAUAUACCUCUAGCGCCCAUAGUCAAGAUGGAACCUGGGUCUCUGGUGCUGUAAGGCAGCAAUUCUACCGCUGCACCACUGCAGCGUGGCUAGAAGCCAUGCUGUUGUCACCGGGACUGUCAAUGCUGUGGCAUUGAGUCAAAUCAGGGUUAGAAUCACCUUCCCUUGUACACACUCUCCAGUCCCACACAUCACUCCGUGCAGAAACCCUCAAACAAUCAUCUGCUCAACAUUUGGGGCAACCACAUUCACUUCUAUCCAGAUUCGAUGUUUUAAACACUCUUAAUGCUGCCAUUUCUAUUUGUUUAUAAGGUUGGCCCUUUAUUCCUUUUUUUAAAACUAUUAUUUCCAGGAAGAAAGUCUUAAGCAUUUACUGAAGGCGAGAAUCCAGAUCAUAAAAUAAAAACCUGAUCAUAAGUGAUAGGAACAGAAUUAGGCCACUCGGCCCAUCAAGUCUACUCCUCCAUUCAAUGGUAGACUUGCUGGAGAAACUCAGUGGGUGCGGCAGCAUCUAUAGAGCGAUGGAAAUAGGCAACGUUUCGGGCCAAAACCAUUCUUCAGGCGGAUGAAACCCUUCAGACUGAUGAAACCCUUCUUCAGACCUCCAUUCAAUCACGGCUGAUCUAUCGCUCCCUCCUAACCCAAUUCCCCUGCCUUCUCCCCAUAACCACUGACAUCCGUGCUAAUCAAUAAAACUUGCCACAGCUGUAUGUCAUGUAUGUUUUCAUGUGUUUCCACCGGUCUCUGAAUGAUUCACUAACGGGUAUACCAUGUAUAAUGUGAACACAUUUUGGCUGUGUUAGUUUUAAUUAACUCUCCUCACAGCUUAAAGGUUGCUUGUAAAGAGUUUUCAGGCUCUAAUUUAUCUACUGAAUUGGUUCAUAUGGUUUAGUAAUCCUGUAUGCAAUAUCUGUUACACAGAGUAGAGUUGCCUUGAAAUGAUAAAAUAUCAUUAAACGUGUAAAUAUGGCUAUAUACUGAUUUGAGUACAAUGCUGUACUGUGAUAUCAAUAUUAAAACAUGCAUAUUUAACAA